UGAGUUUGAUGACUGAAGAAUUUGCCACCGGCAAAGGGGAAACAUUUAGUCGCUCCGUGAUAUUCGAUUGUAGGGUGUUCUUUGAAGUAAUGGUGCAGGUUAUUAUUUUGCUUUUAUUGGUCUUUGUAUCUCCCGGCGUUGUGGCCAAGGGAGUGGAGGAUAAGAAAAAUAGUCUGCAUAUGAUUGAUACAUUUAUGGAGAAUAUGGAAGAUCGUUUACCUACUCGUGAAAAUAAAGGAGAAUAUGCUCCUACAGAAAGUGAAGGCAGAGCAGAUGAACUCUCCAUAGAAGAUAAAAGAUAUCUGUUUAUCAGUGCGUAUCUGAACAGAAGACCACACAGUGAAGGUGCCGAGAAGUCUUCCCCCAAAGCUGAUAAGGUCAGAAAUAUAUCCUCUGACGACCUAAGUGAGAAGUACUCUCUUACUCAAGGAGGUAAGAGAGAAGACCACCAGAGGAACAAUUCUAAGGAGGAAGACUUCGAAGGAAAUGAAGAUAAAGAUGGAGAAUACUCUGAUAAUGAAGGAAGGGAGGAAGGUAAGGCAAGAAAAUACCCCUCUGAUGACGAGAGAGAAAAGAAUCCCUGUAACAAUAAAAGUCAGGUAGAAGACCACACCAGGUCUUGGUGGGAAGACCAUCAUCGAAGGAAUAGAGGCGAAGAGAAAGAAUACUCCGAUUAUGAAGGCAGGGAGAGAGAAGACUGGGAAAAAUACUUCCAAACCAACACAGAUAAGGAAGAAGACUCCCCUGAUGAGGAAGAUCGGAAGGAAGGCUUCCACACGACCGGCGACCAAUCCGUCUCAGACCCCACGAGCGAGAAUGAGGAAAAGGGGAAUCACCUGAGGAAAACAGCAGAAGAAAUCGCCAAAUGGGCUGAGAACAUGAUCCAGAAUGCCGCCGGGAAACACCUGGUGGAGAAGAGAAGUUCCGAAGACUGCGAAAGUGGAGGUGACCCCUGUGGGGCGAUUCCAGGGAAUGGGACCCUGGAUUCCAGCGUUCGCUUCAGGGACCACUCGUCCACUCUGUGGCCCUUCGGCAGUAAUACUGGGUAUCCCCUCGUUCCGUAUCGGAUUCUCGUUAAAGAUCCCGCGCUGGUCGCUUACUCGAAGACUCGAUCUCGGAGUGGAAUUCUGCAACCUGUAUUGACUUCGUCAAAGUCACCCCAGAAAACGAGAAGGCCUUGGGAACGUGGGAAUAUUUGAACUUCGUCAGUCAUCCCAUUCGGUGCCUCUUCAGAUUCGGCAAAGAGGAAGGAAAAUCACAGACCCUGUUCCUCCAUAAGUCGUGCCAAACGAAGGAAGAGAUCGUUCGCGGACUGGGAAUCGGUCUGGGAAUCCAUUACCAGUUCCUGAGACCCGACAGGGACAACCACCUGCGCAUCAACGCGGACAACGCCAACGACGAAUUCCCGAAAUUCCAGGUGGAAGAACUGGCCGAGUCCAACGUUCCCUUCGAUUACCUGUCCGUUAUGCAGCCCUCCGGCGUGUGGUAUUCGAGAGACGGAAAGAUGACCUUCUCCACGAAUGACAUCAAGUACCAAGGACUCCUGGGGAGGUCAAGAGGAAGCAUAUCCCACAGGGACAAAUUAAUAGUGAACAAACUCUACGGUUGCUUGGAUCGCUGGCGAUCCUCCUGUGGAUUUCGGAAGGACCCCUGUAAGAACGAAGGGUACAUUGGCCCCAGGUGCGAAUGCAUAUGCCGACAUGGAAUCUUUGGGUCGGUCUGUGCAAAUGUGGAGAUCAGAGAUUAUUAUGAUGCCAUGUUACCGUUAUGCAGUGAGGAUAUCCGGGCUGAGACCACGAUAAAGAUCCAAACUAUGAAGAUCAGUUUAUUCAGAAUGAUACUUGGUGCGUUUGGAAUAUACAGGCUCCCGAAGGGAAGGUGGUCAAACUGAAGUUCGAUUCCUUCAGCCUUGAGAAAUCAGGUCGUCACUGCGAGGAGUCCUUUCUGGAGAUACGACAGAAGAACGAGUCCUUCGGCAACGUGUACUGCGGAGAGGACCUCAACCAAGAAGAGGAGAUCACCAGCGUUGACAACGAGCUGAACCUGUACUUGGACGUCCGCAACAACGUCUCGAAGGGUUUCCGAGCAAGCGUCAGCUUUUUGUCGAUUCCGAGAGUCGUAGACCCACCACAUGUUCCCUCUCUGGCAUCGAGGUUGCGGUUAUGUUCGAUCUAUCUCAUUCUCGUAUCUAGUAUAUUGGUUAGUUUGGGUUUAUUAAACCUGAUUUAGUGGCCAAGCCCAUAAGGGUUCCAUCGUUAUCAUCAAUUCACUUGUUGACGUUUCUCUAUAGUUUGAGGACAUAUAGAUAUACCAGCUGUCUUUAUUGAAUCCGAAUACUGUUUUUGUGCAUUUAGAGAGAGAGAGAGAGAGAGAGAGAGAAUAAAUGCUUAAAUACAAAACUAUUAUCACCAACAGAAUAUCCUUCCUAUGUUAUAAUACUGGCCCACGGUUUUUCUUCAUUCUGAAUACAAACCUGAACAAUUAACUAUCUACCAGGUACAUAACUGACUGGUCAGUUGAAUAACGGCUGAAUCAUGUUUAAAAGAAAGCCUAUGGUGCCAAAUAUUAUAUUGACUCUACCUGAAAGCUAUGUAAACAAAAGAUAUCCUACAUUUGUUUAGCUUCUUGAUUAACCAGAAAAUGAAUCACUAUAUUGUUAUCCUAUUCAUUGUUUUGUGAAGAAUAUUGAGGGAAGGUGACAUAGAUUAUUUCUAUGCUAU